AUGAGUGUUGUUCGUGCUAACGUGCCGAACGCUUCGCUGCACCCCCUGCUGUACAACACCGGAACUGUUGCCGCGGCCGCCGGGUCUUUUCAGGUUAAACGAGGUGACGAAUCGAAAACAACCGUGGAGCCCAAAGUGUGUGACCAGGCUUUGGUCCAACCCAAAGAAGUUUCUCGGGACCAGGUCAGGGAGUGUGAGCGAGAGAGGGAGUUUCACAGCCACCUGCAGGCAGACAUGGAUGAGAUGAAGUCAAACCUGAUGAAUGAGUUGGAGAAACUGGAAAAAAGAGAGGAACUCAUGUGGAACCUACUUUCUGAUGCGUAUGUGGUGCGUGAAGGACUAGAAAAGGAGUGUGAGCGAGAACAGGAGGCGCGAAGCAUUCUGCAGUCUGAGCUCAGUGAGAAGUCACAGAAGUUAAAACACUGUGAAGAGUUACUAAUGGAGUGUGAGCGAAAGCGGGAGUUUCACAGGCUCCUCCAGGCAGACAUGGAUGAGAUGAAGUCAAACCUGUUGUAUGAGGUGGAGAAACUGGAAAAAAGAGAGGAACUCAUGUGGAACCUACUUUCUGAUGCAUAUGUGGUGCGUGAAGGACUAGAAAAGGAGUGUGAGCGAGAACAGGAGGCUCGAAGUAUCCUGCAGUCUGAGCUCAACGAGAAGAUGGAGAAGUUAAAACAUUGUGAAGAGUUACUAAUGGUCUCCCUGGCUGAAUUAGAGGAGAAACAUCAGAAGGCUGUGGAGACCAUCGCGCAGCUGGAGACUGAGAAGUCUGACCUGACAGACCAGGUGGAGACACUGAGAGAAGCGAUGGAGGAGAUCGGGAAUGAGCUCAGUAAUGCUUACAUACAGUAUGGCAAGCGAAUGAAAGAACAAGAGCAAGAGCGUGAGACUCUCAGGAUCGUCCUCCAGGCAGAGAAGGACAUGAUAAAGACGCUGACAGACAACAAAGACUUACUGAAGGUCUCCAUAGAUGAAUUGGAGGAGAAACAUCAGAAGGCUGUGGAGAACAUCACUCAGCUGGAGACUGAGAAGUCUGACCUGACAGACCAGGUGGAGACACUGAGAGAAGCGAUGGAGGAGAUCGGGAACAAGCUCAAUGAGACUUACAGACAGUAUGGCGAGCUAAUGAAAGAGCGGGAGCGAGAAGGUGAGGCUCACAGAAUCCUCCAGGCAGAGAACAAGGAUAUGAAGACUCUUACAGCUAAUCAAGAGUUACUGAAGGACUCCCUGGCUAAAUCAGGGCAGAAACUCCAGAAGUCUAUGGAGACCAUCACUCAACUGGAUGCUGAGAACUCUGAUCUUACACAACUGGUGAUGUCACAGAGAGAGGCUAUUGAGCACAUGCAGAACCAACUCAGUGAGGCUUACAGAGAGCAUGACAAGCUGAAUAACGAGUGUAAGUCAGAGCAGGAGGCUCACAGCAUGCUUGAGUGCGAGUUCAACCAGACGAAGGAAAAGUUAAAACUUUGUGAAGAGUUACUAUUGGAGCGAGAGCGUGAGGCGCAGAGCAUCCUCCAGGAGAAGAACAACAUGAUGAAGAUGCUGACUCAAAAAGAAGAGUCACUGAAGGUCUUCAUAGAUGAAUUGCAGGUGAAGCAUCAGAAGGCUGUGGAGAACAUCACUCACCUGGAGACUGAGAAGUCUCACCUGAUGGACCAGGUUGUGUCACUGCAGGAUGAGCUCUGCAAGAGCCAGAAAAAAGCUGAUAACCUAACAAAUGAGUGUGAGCGAGAGCGGGAGUCUCACAGCAUCCUCCAGUCUGAGCUCAACCAGACGAAGGAUGAUGUUGUAUUUCAGGUCUCAUUGGCUGAAUUGAAGGAGAAACAUCAGAAGGCUGUGGAGAACAUCACUCAGCUGGAGACUGAGAAGUCUGACCUGACAGACCAGGUGGAGACACUGAGAGAAGCGAUGGAGGAGAUCGGGAACGAGUUCAGUGAGACUUACAGACAGUAUGGCGAGCUAAUAAACGAGCGAGAGCGAGAGCGCGAGACUUACAGAAUCCUCCAGGCAGAGAAUGAGGAGAUGAAGUCUCUUACAGCUAAUCUUGAGUUACUGAAGGACUCCCUGGCUAAAUCUGAGGAGAAACUCCGGGAGUCUAUGGAGACCGCCGCUCAACUAGAUGCCAAGAACUCUAAGCAGGAAGACCUGGUGAUGUCACUGAAAGAAGCAAUGCAGAACAUGCAGAACCAACUCAGUGAUGCUUACAGAGAGCGGGAAAAGCUGAAUAAUGAGUGUAAGUCAGAGCAGGAGGCUCACAGCAUGCUAGACUCUGAGCUUAAAAAGGCGAAGGAGAAGUUAAAACUUUGUGAAGAGUUACUAUUGGAACAAGAGCGAGAGCGUCAAGCUCACAGCGUCCUGCUCCAGGCAGAGAAAGACAUGAUGAAGACUCUGACACACAAUGAGGAGUUACUAAAGGUCACCAUAGAUGAAUUGGGAAAGAAACAUCAGAAGGCUGUGGAGAACAUCACUCAGCUGGAGGUCGAGAAGUCUCGCCUAAUAGACCAGGUUGUGUCACUGCAGCAUGAGCUCUGCGAGAGCCAGAAAAAAGCUGAUAACCUAACAGAUGAGUGUGAGCGAAAGCGGGAGUCUCACAGCAUCCUUCAGUCUGAGCUCAACCAGGCGAAGGAUGACUUCAAAUAUUUUGAGAAAAAUAUGACAGUCUCCCUGGCUGAAUUGGAGGAGAAACAUCAGAAGGCUGUGGAGAACAUCACUCAGCUGGAGACUGAGAAGUCUGACCUGACAGACCAGGUGGAGACACUGAGAGAAGCGAUGGAGGAGAUCGGAAACGAGUUCAGUGAGACUUACAGACAGUAUGGCGAGCUAAUAAACAGAAAGGCAAUGCGGAACAUGCAGAACCAACUCAGUGAUGCUUACAGAGAGCAAGAGAAGCUGAAUAAUAUGUCCAUAGGUGAAUUAAAGGAGAAGCAUCAGAAGGCUGUUGAGAACAUCACUCACCUGGAGAUCGAGAAGUCUCGCCUGAUUGACCAGGUCGUGUCUCUGCAGGAUAAGCUCUGCGAGAGCCAGAAAAAAGCUGAUGACCUAAUGAAUGAGUGUGAGCGAGAGCGGGAGUCUCACAGCAUCCUCCAGUCUGAGCUCAACCAGACGAAGGAUGACUUCAAAUAUUUUGAGAAAAAUAUGACCAUCUCCUUGGCUGAAUUAGAGGAUAAACAUCAGAAGGCUGUGGAGAACAUCACUCAGCUGGAGACUGAGAAGUCUGACCUAUUAGACCAGGUGGAGACACUGAGAGAAGCGAUGGAGGAGAUCGGGAAUGAGCUCAGUGAGACUUACAGACAGUAUGGCGAGCUAAUAAACGAGCGAGAGCGUGAGGCUCACAGAAUCCUCCAGGCAGAAAACGAGGAGAUGAAGACUUCGACACACAAUGAAGACUUACUGAAGGACUCCCUGGCUAAAUCAGAAGAGAAACUUCAGAAGUCUAUAGAGACCAUCGCUCAACUGGAUGCCAAGAACUCUAAGCUGGAAGACCUGGUGAUGUCACUGAGAGAAACAAUUGAGAACAUGCAGAACCAACUCAGUGAUGCUUACAGAGAGCAUGACAAGCUGAUGAAAAAUAUCAGCUCCGUUAACUUCCGGCUUCCAGGGUUAAAUCACAAAUAACAUUAAAUGGAAAGCUAGUGCACUAUGGUGUACAAUCUCCUGUCCCACACGCCAAGUAUAUGUCAUGGUCACCAUAGAUGAAUUGGGGGGGAAACAUCAAAAGGUUUUGGAGAACAUCACUCAGCUGGAGAUCGAAAAGUCUGACCUGACAGACCAGGUUGUGUCACUGCAGGAUGAGCUCUGCGAGAGCCAGAAAAAAGCUGAUAACCUAACAGAUGAGUGUGAGCGAGAGCGGGAGUUUCACAGCAUUCUUCAGUCUGAGCUCAACCAGGCGAAGAAAAAUAUGACAGUCUAUCAGAAGGCUGUGGAGAACAUCACUUAGCUGGAGACUGAGAAGUCUGACCUGACAGACCAGGUGGAGACACUGUGAGAAGCGAUGGAGGAGAUCAGGAAUGAGCUCAGUCAGUCUUACAGACAGUAUGGCGAGCUAAUAAACGAGCGAGAGUAGGAGCGCAGGGCUCGCUCUAGGCAGGAGUUUUCUCUAGGCAGAGACAGACAUAAUGAAGACCCUAACACACAACGAAAAAUUUCUGAAGGUCUCCUUGGCUGAAUUUAAGGACAGUCAUCAGAAGGCUGGGAAGAAAAUUAAUCAAGUGAAGGAUGGAAAGUCCUACCUGACAGUGGAGGGACUGCAAGGCACAGUGAAGAAGGAGCUCUGCAAGAACAAAUGGCUCUAAGUGACGGUACUGUGCUUGGAGCAUCCUCCAUGACAUGUUCGAUUGGAUGAAAGAGUCUGUCUCACAAGAAGUUACUAAACUUUUCUUCUCAUGUGACUCCAACUGCUUUUGUGAAAGUCUUGUUUUCUGUACUAAACUAUGUGUCAAAAAUGUAAGUACAAUACCUUCAAGUGUUUCAAACAGCAUAUGUGGAAAUUUUAAAGCUUUCUUAAACAAAAUUAUUUUCACAGAAACAUGGCAUACCACAUUGACCUGAGACAGCAAACAUCCUUAAGCUUAUUAAUUUAAACAAUUUAAUGAAUUAUAUAAAUGUAAAGAUCAUUUGGUCACAAUAACACAAUUUUACCAAAAGGGGUUAGUCUGGGAGCAGUGCCUCAUCACAAAUUUAUUUUGUGGGAAUAUUCAUGAUCACAGAACAUGCUUCCUCUUCUUGUGUCUACAUUUACAACAUUAUUACUUUAUUUUAAUAAGCAUAAAGUGAAUUUCCUUGUUUUUGUUUUGUUUGCUUGUUUGUUUGUAUGUUUUUCUUUUCAUU